CCUCUCCCCUUCUCUCUUUCUUUUCUUCGCCUUUCUCUCUCUAAAAUCCCAGAGCUGCGGAUUCACACACAGCUAUUGUUAUCUGCUUCUUCGAUUCCAGGUGUUAGUGAAAUAGUUUUUGAUCAAGGAAUGGCUGGGAUUUCAAGUGAGGAAUCUGGAGUGGGAAAAUCUGUGGAGGGAAUUUUCAGCGGGCAGCGUUGUCAAUCUGGGGAAGCAUUGGCGGAAUGGCGUUCAUCUGAGCAGGUGGAGAAUGGAACUCCGUCAACUUCACCCCCUUACUGGGACACUGAUGAUGAUGAUGAUGGUGGACCUAAACCUUCUGACUUGUUUGGAAAACAUACAUGGAAGAUAGACAAAUUUUCUCAGAUUACCAAAAGGGAACUUCGCAGUUGUGCAUUUGAGGUUGGCAACUACAAGUGGUAUAUUUUAAUUUAUCCACAAGGUUGUGAUGUUUGCAAUCAUCUCUCUCUGUUUCUCUGUGUUGCUAAUCAUGACAAACUUCUUCCAGGAUGGAGUCAUUUUGCACAAUUUACAAUAGCUGUGGUCAAUAAAGACCCGAAGAAAUCAAAAUAUUCUGAUACUUUGCACCGAUUUUGGAAGAAGGAGCAUGACUGGGGAUGGAAAAAGUUUAUGGAACUUUCGAAGGUUUAUGACGGCUUUGUUGACAGUUCUGACAAUCUGAUAAUAAAAGCUCAAGUUCAAGUCAUUAGGGAGAAAGCUGAUAGGCCUUUUCGUUGCCUUGCUUGUCAGUAUAGGAGAGAACUUGUUAGGGUAUAUUUGACAAAUGUAGAACAAAUUUGCCGGCGUUUUGUGGAGGAAAGAAGAAGCAAGCUUGUGAAGUUGAUAGAGGACAAAGCUAGGUGGUCAAGCUUCUGUACUUUCUGGCGAGAAAUUGAUCAAACUUCUAGGCGCCACAUGUCUAGGGAAAGGACAGAUGUAAUCUUGAAAGUGAUCGUGAAACACUUCUUUAUAGAGAAAGAAGUGACUUCUACUUUGGUAAUGGACUCCUUGUUUAGUGGAUUGAAGUCUCUUGAAGGCCAGAUUAAGUGCAAGAAAGGUAGGGUAAAACUGUUGGAUGCUGAAGAAAUGCCAGCACCAAUUGUUCGUGCUGAGAAAGAUAUGUUUGUACUGGUGGAUGAUGUUCUACUGCUACUUGAGAGGGCUGCUAUAGAACCUCUGCCUCCGAAAGAUGAAAAGGGUCCUCAAAAUCGGACAAAGGAUGGAAACUCUGGGGAGGACUUCAAUAAAGAUUCUAUAGAGCGUGACGAAAGGCGUCUCACAGAAUUGGGUCGCAGGACUUUGGAAAUAUUUGUCCUUGCCCAUAUAUUCAGCAAUAAAAUUGAGGUUUCCUACCAGCACGCAGUUGCUCUGAAGAUACAAGAAGAGCUCAUACGUGAAGAGGCAGCUUGCCUGGCUGAAAGCGAGCAGAAAGCAAAACGUGGAGUUAAUGAGAGGGAAAAGAAGUCAAAGAAGAAACAGUCCAAACAAAAACGUAACAAUCGGAAAGGAAAGGAUAAGGGUAGGGAGGAGAGGCCUACUAUGGUUGUACAUGACAAGCAGCAAGACAAUGCUACUGAUGAGAAAAAGGAUUGUAACUUGGAGGAAGUUCAAACUCUGGAUGAAAAGCUUGAUGCCCUGGAAGUUGUUUCUGAUGUGUCUGACUCUGUGGAUGCAGUUGGUGAUGUGCUUCAGCCUGAUUCAGAAGACAGAGAUGCUAGUCCUGUUAAUUGGGAUACUGAUGCAUCAGAAGUUCAUCUUCCAACUGAGGCUAGUAGCAAUUGUAUAGGUGGUCUUUCAUCUGUACAAAAUGGAAUGGCUGAGAUGAGGAGCGGUUCAGUGAUGGAUGACAGUUCUUCAACAUGCUCUACUGAUUCAUUGCCAUCAGUGGUGAUGAAUGACCCCUACAAGGGGAACUCUUUUUCAAAUUACAAAGUCCAAAUGUCACCUAGCAGAGAUAAGAACCAAGUUAAAGCAUCUUGUGAUGGAGGUAGUUUGACAACUGAAAUGGAUAGUCAGGCAUCUGGCUCUGCUAUAGAUGCUGUGGAUACUAACAAUGAGUCUGGAAGUGGUAAGGUGGGUGAAUCUGAGUCUGAGGGUGCUGUUUUAUGCUUGCAGGAUCGGUUAAAGUGGCUUGAGCAGCAUGUUGUCAGAAAGAAGGAUGAGGAAGUUCUUCCACUACAAAAGAAACAGAGCAUCAAAGACCAAAUUGACGUCGAAAAACCAGUUGAUAUUGAAAGCCUACAGAAAGAGAAGACAUCAGCAGUGCCAUCCUCACCUAGGAGUUCUCCAAGAAACUUACCCUCAUCUGUUCCAAUGAAAUUAGAACACCAGACUAGUGUUAAUGCAGAUCCUGUUCAUGUCAGGAAAACAUCUUUUAGUGUCUCACAACAGACUGAUAAAGAUGCAUCUUCAUCUUCAACUUCUGCAUCACAACUAACAACUGUACCCAAAACAGAGAUCCAGAAGACUUCACCCCCAAGACUAACUGAAAGAUCUAUGACACAAGUGGCUAUGACGUCAAGGCCUUCUAGUGCUCCUCUAGGUCCUGGUGGUCCCAGGCCAACUGCUUCUGUUGUCUCUGUGGUUCAAACACCUCCAAUACUUGGACGUUCAGUGAGUGCAACCGGUCGAUUGGGACCUGAUCCCGCACCUGCUACUCAUAGUUUUGUUCCUCAGUCCUACAGAAAUGCAAUGAUGGGGAAUCACAUGGCCUCAACUGCUGCAAAUCUCACUCAUUCCAGCUCUAAUUCAGGAGUAAACCCAUCUCCUGGCUAUUCACAACCACCUUCCUUGGUAUCAUCUCCAAUAUUUAUAUCCGAGAAUAUGGAUUCUAAUGCUGGCCAGUCUGGUGUUCCCUUUGGUAUGUUUACACGAGAUGUUUUACAGAAUGGAACCCAGUGGAUUGAGAGUUCUCAAAGGGAACCCGGCAGAAGCAUGCACUAUGAACCCCCUUCUCGACUUAAUGAUGUUCGAAACUUUGACUUGUACAAUCCAGUAGACAGUAGAUCUUUGGGCAAACUACCGAGUGAAUUCCCAGCCUGCACAUCCAGGCAUCAGAACCAAGGGUUGUUGGUGGAUGAAUUCCCACACCUUGAUAUCAUAAAUGACCUGCUUGAUGAUGAGCAUGGUAUUGGGAAGACAGCCAAGGCAAGUUCAGUCUUCCAGCCCCUCAAUGAUGGAUCACAGUUUCUAAAUCGACAGUUCAGUUUUCCUGGAGAAACCGGUACAAAUGAUGAUUUGGGAUCGUCAACCAGUGGUAGGUUUGAGAGAUCACGAAGUUACCAUGACCCUGGGUUUCAACGAGGGUAUAGUUCAUCUGGUGGGCCUUUUGACUCACAGAGGGAUUAUCUUCCACAGGUGAGUACGCUAUCAUAUGGAAAUGGCAAGGUAGAUGGGUUGAUUCAAAACCAAUGGCAGGUAGCUGGUUCUGAUCUAUCUUAUUUAGGAAUGAGAAACACAGAGAAUGAUGGUUACUCCUACUAUCAUGAUUACUCAAAUAUGGCAUCUGGUGUCAAUGGUUAUACUGUGUUCAGGCCUUCAAAUGGUCCGUAGAGGGAAAUGAUGACAAGGGUUGCCCACAAAUUAGUGGUCAUCAACAAAUGUAAUAAUGUAUUUGAGGAAAUUGUUGGUUCUCUUUAGAUUGGAGUGAGGUUGUAACCCCUUGAUAAGAAAACAUUUUGUAAAGAGUGUUUCUCAGUAAUUUGGUUCCAGCUUUUCAUGAUAAUAUACUUG